GGGAAGUAAUAGAACAUACUGAUGUUUCAUCUUCUUCGUGGAAUUAGCGUUUGUUAUACGUUAAUCUCCAUUUGUAAAAUAUAUAGAGGACAAAGGGUAUUGGUACGCUGUCAUAAAUGUUAGCGGCGAUACAGAGGGAGGGGGGAAUGGUACGCUGUGAGUUUUCAUUUUUUUUUCCUUAGAACUAUGUUGGUGUUAACUAUAUGUGUUUUUCAAUCUCCCUCCUCAUAAGUCAUAACUAAAUAUUGACUAUGGCCUGGUCAGAGGUUACCUCUCUAAAUGUUAUUGGUACGCUGUCAUAGUUCAAAUGGUAUUGGUACGCUGUCAUAAAUGUUAGCGGCGAUACAGAGGGAGGGUGGAAUGGUGCACCUUGACUGCAUUGACUGUGCUGCUGAUGCAUCCGUGGUCAAUGCAGUGAAUGAAGGAAUUGAGAUAGCAAAAGACAUUAUAAACCUUCGAAGACCAUGGCUGAUGAUUAGUGUCAAUGAUGAUAAAGAUCUUCACUUUCGUAAGGCCGAAUUUGAUCCAGAUGACUGUCCAGCAGACUGCUCAAGGCCCUGUGUAAAUGUGUGCCCUGCUAAUGCAAUAUCAUUCCAGGAGAAUUCAACAAUAGGAAGUUCUUAUGAAACUCAAAUACCGAGAGUACUAAAGGAUGGAGUUAUAACUGAACGCUGCUAUGGCUGUGGUCGCUGCUUUCCAGUUUGCCCCUAUGAUAAAAUAAGAGAGGUAACAUAUAUAAGAGACGCUACUACAACUGCUGAUCUCAUGAAGAGAGAUGAUGUUGAUGCUAUAGAGAUACAUACAAGUGGGAGGCGGACUAAUCUCUUCAGAGAACUAUGGACUGCUCUGGGAGAUUCAGUAAGAUAUUUGAAGCUAAUAGCGGUUAGCUUACCAAAUGGUGGGGAUUCAACAAUAUCCUUGAUGAAUGAAAUAUUUUCUAUCAUGAAACCCAAUCUUCAAAGCUUCAACUUAUGGCAGUUGGAUGGCCGUCCCAUGAGUGGCGAUAUUGGGAGAGGAGCAACUAAGGAGACUAUUGCCUUUGCUGUACAAAUGGCAAAUGCAAGAGACAGACCUCCUGGCUUCCUUCAACUGGCUGGUGGAACUAAUGCUCACACGAUAGAUGGGUUGAAGAAAGAGGGACUUUUCCAAACAACUGCUGUUGCCGAUUAUGCAACCUCAAGAACCUGUUCAGCUGAUUCAUCCCAUGCUUUAAUUGGGGGUGUAGCUUAUGGGGGCUACGCACGUAAGAUUGUAGGAAGAGCGCUGAGAGCCAUGCAAUCCCAGCAUGGUAUAGCUGCUCGUGUUGAGGAUCAUCCAGAUCAUCUCUUGCUGGCUCUUAAAGAAGCUCUUGCUUUGGUUGGACCUUUUAAGUGUUAAUGAUCAAUGAUCAUAUCUCACACCAGGAUUCAGUGUUCUGCAUAAAGUUGAUCACAGGUCGGUUCAUGAGGCUGUUUAUAUGUAGGAUUGAAAAUAUGGCCCAAAACCUUGGCUCAGAAUUAGGUAUGUUGUGUCCGGUUAGUACAAUUAUGCAAGGGGAAUAUUCAAGUGUCUAUAUUCAGGUGGAAAUUAUAGUUCGAGAAACAGUUCAUCAGAUAUGGAAGGAUAGAAGUAGGAACUUCAUAUGUUAUUUACGAGCCAAUCUACUUAAAUCAUUUUUGUGAGAA